GUUGACACCACGAAGAGCAUAGUUGCUUCAGCCCGCCCUCGAACGCUCAAGCUCCUUCAACAUCAUCGUCUCGACUACUCCCAAAGCCCAGGUGCAAUUUCCCUUCCCGCUUCAGCAAGAGGAUGAUAUCGGCGCACCCCGGCACCCCAUCUCCACAAGGCUUCUGACCGUUUGAACAAUGAGCGCUGUACGAGUUCUCCGUGCCUUGGGCGCAUUCGACGAUGGGGGGAAAGAUCUGUUCCGUCGAUUCGUGUAUACCCACGAUGGUGUCACGUUGGACAUAGACCCUCUCCCGAGCAUCCAGCGCAAGGGUCUUAUCGCCGUCUCCGUCAUGGCAGUCUUAUCCUUCAUUGCCACUGCGGCUCUCAUCUCGUUCAUUAGCUAUCGACUUAUCUUUUGGCGAGGCUCCUAUGCGCGUUACAUUGGUUACAAUCAGUAUAUUGUUCUUAUCUACAACCUAGUCCUGGCCGAUCUCCAGCAGUCACUUGCGUUCCUGAUAUGCAUCAAAUGGAUCGCAGAGGACAAGAUAUCCGCCAAUACGGCAGCCUGUUUCCUCCAGGGCUUCUGGCUACAGAUCGGAGAUCCGGCCAGUGGGCUUUUUGUGCUCGCCAUCGCUUUUCACACCUUCCUUUUAGUGGCUCUGGGCCGGAAAAUGAGCCACAGAGUCUUCGUUUGCUUCGUGAUCGGGCUCUGGGUGUUUGUGGGCGUCCUGGUCAUCAUCCCGCUUGCUUCUCAUGGACGCUACGUUUUCAUUCCAUCAGGGGCUUGGUGCUGGAUCAGUGAAGACUAUGAGUCAGUCCGCUUAUGGACACACUACAUCUGGAUUUUCCUAGCCGAGUUUGGCACGGUGUGUCUGUACGCCGUGAUGUGGUUCCAGCUGCGCCAUCGGAUCGAACAGUCCGCCAUUCUGGGCCCAAGCCAUACCGAAAGUCUCAAGCGUCUUCGCCGAGUAAUUGGAUACAUGGUUAUUUAUCCAAUCGCCUACAUCGUGCUCUCCCUCCCCCUCGCCGCAGGUCGAAUGGCGACAGCCCAAGGUGACUCGCCGAACGUAGCAUACUUUUGUGUUGCGGGUGCCAUGAUCACCAGUUCUGGACUGGUCGACGCCCUCCUCUACACCCUCACCCGUCGCAACUUGAUCUUGGAAUCAGAGCCCAGUAACGAUAGGAGCUAUAACCGUUUCGCCAGCAGCAAGAACCGGAAGACGGAUCUGUUGACGACCAUCACCGCAGACCCCAAGGCCAACCGCGCCGACAUCAGUGCUCUGCGCAAAGGGCCGCGUAAAGACGCCGAUGACCUGGAGCAUACCGUGCGCGACGGCUCGACGGACAAUAUUGUACAAAAUUCCGGCAUGGAGCUGGCCCCCCUCGGCAAGGUGUACCAGCACACUACCAUCGAGAUCACCCACGAACCCGCCUAUGCAUCCGAGGGCGAGGGAAGCGAUCAGUCCAGUAAAGACUCCUCCAUCAGCGACACUGGGAAAGCCAACGAUACUUCUGCGAGGAUGUGGGGCCGAUAAGGGGCCAGUCGCGAAUCCUGGGAUCUCGCCCAAUGUGACACCUUUCUAAUAAAAUACUAGUACCUUAUGCUUCUAUGUCCGGCUUUUACUAAAUACAAUCAAUCCCUUUAUGUCUGGCUGGGGUUAUAUCAUUCCCCUGUGCCGUUUUCUUUCCCUUCUCACCUGUUGUCGCGAUCAUUCAUGCUCAAUCCUUCACCUCCGGGCAGAGAAAUCCGUGCUUGGUUUUCCAUGGUUUAUUGUUUCAUUUAUAUACUACUUUCUUUCUCCGGAAUCUUUCCUUUUUCCUUCCCCUCUCUCUUGACUUAUUCUAUGAAUGAUACCAGAUUGUUAGUAUUUCUUAUUUUUCUUUUUUACAGAUAC